CCAUUAAACUUCUCUUCCUCUCUAUAUAAACAAACUCCCUACAUUUUCCUCUGUAACUUGCAAAUCAAAUUCCAAAUCUCUGAGCUUCCUAGAAACCAAGAAUCAGAGAAACCAAACACCAUGAACCACCACCACCACCAAAACCAUCUACCAUCUUCCUUGCCCAGCAACCCUAACCCAGAACCAGACCCUUCUCUCCCUUGCAAUGGCUACCACAAGAUCUCUCUCCCUCUUCUUCGCCGCUGCAUGUCCGAUCCUUGCAACCCUCCUUCUGCCACCGCCUCCAACCCAUCAUUCUUUGAUCCUUCUCUUUCCUCUGCUUCUCGCUGUGGCGGUUCUCUGCCCAAUUUCACUCCUCCGUACUCUCCUGAUGGCCACCACUGCCCCAAGACUCCAUCCCAUUCCCCGACUCAUGUACUGCCUCCCCUGCCUCCUCCUCACACCUUCCGCCGCUCCGUCUCGGAUAUCAAUCCCUCUCCUGCCAAGGUCUCCUCACGCUUCUCCACCUCCUCCCAAGACCUGGGCACCGACAUUGACACUCCCAAUUCCAAGAGGCUGAGGAGGAUGAAGGAUCGCCUCAGAGAGAUGAGCCAUUGGUGCCAGCAACUGAUGCGUGAAGAGGACUUGAUGGAAGAAGAUGAAGAUGAGCAACAGCAGGCAGUGGAAGAAGAAGCACAAGUACAGGCUGUUGAUGCCACUGAUCAAGAUUUUCAUAACAAUACUGGUGCUGCUGAGGAUGAGUGUGAGAAAGAAUUUGCUGAAUCUGUGAGCGUGGAGAAGAAGGAUGACUGCUUGGUCAUUCACUUCAGGUGUCACUGUGACAAAGCCUAUCAGUUCCUUCUCAGUGGAGGAGAGUGUUACUACAAGCUCAUGUAGAUAUCCAUUUCCCAGUUGUCCAAUCAUUCUUGGGUUCGGAUUUUUCAUACCCAAUUCAGUCCCACUGGUCUCAUUCUUAGGUUGUUCCAUUCUUGAUCAUAGUUUCCAGAUGUCAAUUCUCUUAAGACAUUCUUUUUGGCUGAAGCACUGAUGUACAAAUUCUUUCUGAUGUCAGUUUUUCAAAUGAAUAAAGUUUACUGAUUCUCUUGUGAAUGAA